GGCGUCGGCCUUGCGAAGUGUUCGCUCGGAAAUAUGCGCAGGCCAGUUGUGUUAUAAUCUUUCGCUAUAAUUGGAUAUGAUAUCCCGUAUACAUUUUAAUCAGAGUGCAUUUUAAAAACGUGGCGGUCUUUGAUCACUAGUAGUAUCUUAUAACGCUACUAGGUCUAUCUUCUAAUAAAAUUCAUUCAUUAGUCAAGCAGGUCAAAAGAAUCAAAUAAAAUGAUGACGAUUCGUAAAAAACUUCUUAUCAUUUUUUCAAUAGGUUUAGUAUUAACAAUUAUUGGAUUAACUACUGGAAUUCUUUGGUUUAUGAUUUAUUCAUCGAUUUUAAACACGCAAUUAUCUUUAACACCAACGUCUACAAGCUACAAGCUGUGGGAAAUAACACCAAUUCCUAUGUAUUUGAAAAUAUACAUGUUCAAUUUAACUAACUAUGAAGAUUUCAUUUCACAUAAUGAAUCUAAAGCAAAACCGAAUUUUGUGGAAAUGGGUCCUUAUGUAUUUAGGGAAGUUGACUAUAAGGUAGAACAAAAAUGGCAUGACAAUGAUACCAUAACAUAUCAAAGGAAAAGGGUAUGGCAUUUUGAUAAAUCUUUAUCAAAAGGAGAUUUAAAUGAUAAAGUAACUAAUAUAAAUCCUGUAACUGCUAGUGUCGGAUAUGCAUUAAGACAUAAAAAACCUAUUCUCCGUGAUAUAGUAGAUAGAGUAAUGAAAUCAGUAGGACAACAGUUAAUAAUUACCAAGUCUGUUAAUGAAUUACUUUUUGAAGGCUAUGAAGAUACUAUAUUAAAAAUAGCACAAAAAAUUAAUUUCACAGAAAUUCCAUUUACCAAAUUUGCUUGGUUUUAUGGGCGAAAUGGUUCUGCAUCCUAUGAUGGAACAUUCAAUAUGUUAACUGGUAAAUCUAAUUUACUUGAUGUAGGUAUAGUCAAAGAAUGGAAUUUUAAUAACAGAGUAAGUUAUUAUCCUGGAGAAUGUGGAGAAAUAAGAGGAACAAAUGGUGAUUUAUGGCCACCAUUACCUGAUAAUAAAACUGUAUCUUUCUUUGUACCUGAUAUUUGCACGAGUAUGUCAGUAACAUAUGAUAAUACAACUAUUCAUGAAGGAUUAAUAGGAGCUAGAUAUAUUAGUGACGAUACAACAUUCGACAAUGGUUCAAUAGUACCAUCGCGUUCGUGUUAUUGCGAGGGAGAAUGCGUUCCCCCUGGAGCAUUAAAUAUUUCAUUAUGCAAAUGGGGUGCUCCAGCAUUCAUCAGUUUACCACACUUUUAUUUGGCCGAUCCAAGUUACAGGGAAAAUAUCAAUGGAAUGAAACCUAGUAAAGAAAAACACGAACUUUCAAUAUCCAUAGAACCGAAAACGGGCGUUCCACUGAACGUGCAUGCACAACUACAAUUAAAUUUGUUGAUGCAACCUGACCAUGAGAUGUCCAUGUUUAAGAAUAUUAAGAAAACAUUUAUACCAAUGUUAUGGUUUACUCAAGAAGCUUAUCUGACAAGUAAUUAUGCUCAUAUAAUUAAAUUUAUCAUUAUUUUGGAAUCUUUGGGCAGCAUAACUUGUUAUGGUAUUGCCUGUAUUGGCAUUUUAAUUAUUUCUACCGGCAUAUUUUUGUACAUUAAGCAUGGUUUGGGUGAAGAAGAAAAUCAAGUUUUAUUGUCAAACAAAUCUAAUGAAAAUGAUGAUAUUGGUACUGUUAAUGAAUGAUUGAUUAUAUUUGCAAGCAUAUGAUUAGAUUAUAUGGAAAGAUAUAAUCAAUGUCUACCAAAUAAGAAACAAAAAUCAUCUUCGAAAUCUUAGAGUGUAUAAUAAUUAUGUAUGUAGAUUACAAAUCUUACUGUAUAUCUUUUGAUUGAAAUUGAUAUAACAAAAUUGAAGAUAACAUCAAGUUGAUUGUAAGCAAAAUUGUAUUCAUACAAAGUUAGUGCAUUGUUCAAACUGUUUAUAAAUAUGCUUUUAAAAUGUAACUAUAACGGUAAUCAAGUGCCUCAGUGCUUUAAUGAUGACAAACGUUAGAAAUAGCGUAAAAUACAAUAGAUACCUCGAAUGCUUAAAAAUGAGAUGCAUAUAAUAGCAAAUCAAUAUUAAUAUAAGUUUCCUUUCGUAAGCGAGGGAUAGAAGUAUAUUCCCAAUCUCUUGUAUAAUAUUUUUUUAGUACCUAUUCAAAAUAUGUAUUAUAUUGUAGGUAUGUAUAUAUUUUUAUCUAUGAAAUCUAAAGAAAUAAUAAGUAUUAGAAUCACAUUCAUUAAAUUCAGUUUAUGUUAAUGUUCAUCAUAUAAUUAAAGUUAUAGCAAUUGCAAUAUUGUUACAGCUGUGAUAACUACAGUCUUGUUUCAUUAGAAUAAGAAUUCUUAGAAACUAAAAGACAUUACUUUUAUACAAUACAUUGUUGAAAGUAAAUUACAUAUAUGUAUGUACAUAUUUUCUUCGUAUCAUGCCCUUAUUAUACCUUUGGUCUAUCUUCUUGAGAAGUCACUCGUGUAACUUCUAGAUGUCACUACUGUUUAAUUUUUUUAAAUGAAAAUAUACAUUUCCUACCGUAUUGGUGGUCUGAUAAAAUUCUUGUGUAAAAAAAAUAGAAAAAAGAUGAAAAAAUAAAAUUAGCAAAUUUUAUUUUUUGCAUCAAAUAGUCUGGCUUUUACUAAACAAAACGGAUAUGAUGAAACGAUUGAAAUUGGCUGGUAAAAUGACACGCCACGCCAAUAGUAGUCAAACAUGAGAAUUGUAGAAACCUCGUAAAUUCAUUAUUCAUCAAAAUUCUUGUAAAAAGAACUUCGAAAGGUCUUUUAAAAAGGCAACCAUUCUAAUUACGCUCUGAACUAUUUUUACAUUUAGUACUUGCAGCAAUAUUACUGACACAAUGUAUAAACUACCAAAAUAAUUUUUUCUUCGUACCUAGACUACCAAUUAAACAUGAAAAAAUAUUUUGACCGAGUACAUGCAGAUCUACAAAGCGGAAUGUUUUAUCGAUCGGCUGUAAAGUGAUUUCAUUAUUCACGUGUAAAAAUAAAAGAAUCCUUCGUUCAAGAA